AUGGACGACUCCAUCGAGUGCGGAGGAGGCGCUGUAUCGUCCACAAACUUUCUAUGGACCCUGGUACGAUGCUUUAUCAUUCUAGCACUCGGGUACCUGGCAGCACGCUUCCACCUAAUCCAAGGUCGAGAAGUGAAAGGCCUGGACUUGUUCACCUCGCACUUUUGCCUGUCCGCCCUGAUCUUCUUCAACCUGUGCCACAUCGACUUGCGCAAUGUAGCGUGGGAAGCCAUCGGAGGGAUCCUGCUGGGAAAGUGUCUUCUGUUUGCCCUGGUCAUGGCUGGCAUGAUGGUCGUUGGCCAACCUGGCAACCUUGCCAAUGUCGGUCUCUACUGUAUAUUUGUGACACAAGUCAACGAUUUCGGACUUGCUUAUCCACUCUUGGACUCUCUGUACCGAAGGAAACACCCCAGUUACGCUUCGUACAUGUACCUGGUGGCGCCACUAUCACUCGUCGCGUUAAAUCCCAUCGGAUUCCUGCUCAUGGAAGUGGAAAAAGUUCGACGCGACUCUAAACGCAGUCUCAUGGAUGGAAAGAAAAUGAAAGUAUCGCGGGUUGUCUUGAAAGCGUGCUGGACCGUGACGGUGAAUGUGUUCACUCAUCCACAUGUGUGGGUAUCUGUGCUGGCACUUCUGUUUAACGCCUUCUUCAAGGACCGGCUUCCCCUUCUGGUCGGCGAUGUUCUCAAGGUUAUGGGCAGAGCAUUCACGGCUCCGAUCCUAUUCUUGUUGGGUCACUACUUGGCGAAAAUCGUCAGAGGGAAGGACUUCAAAGCACAGUUUGUCAGUGCGGCUGCACUGGCAACGUUGAAAACGAUCGUGUUACCAAUAUUCUUGAAAGCUUCCGUGCAAGUCUUGCGAGGCACCGGAAACACAGAGGAAGAUCUAUCCAGCUUUGCCUUUCUCUACGGCACGGUGCCCACGGCUCCCAUCGUAAUCCUGUAUGCCUCUCAAAGAGGGCUGCAGACGCAAACGUUGUCUACAGCUAUAGCAUUGUGCACGGCGUUAUCGGUGCCUCUAAUGCUGGUGUCCGCAAGAAUGAUCAGCCUCACUUUACCGGGAUUCCUGAAGUCGCCGCUCCAGCUCAAGCCUACCCUCACCGUAAUCAGUGCGUUCAACGUGGCAGCGUGUAUUGCCGUCAUGGUGCUGUUCGUGUUAGCGGGAAGACUGCGCAAGUACAUUUCGGGUAUCUGCUUCUGUCUUCUUGUCAGCCAGCUACUUGGUUCCAUAGGUAUCAUCUUGUGGUCAACGACCGACGCGUCAUAUUCGCUACGUCGACUGCUCGCAUCCUCCUUGAUCAUGAUUGGUCAGUUUGCCACGAGGAUUUGGACAGCCUUCUUGGCAUUAGGGAUAUACCUGAUAAGAUACCACGACGAGAGGAAGCUCAUCAAAUAUACUCCCAUCAUCUUCUUCAUCGGAUUUGGUGUACCGGUCCUGCUAUCGAGUUCCUUGACCAUCACAGGCCGCUUGCUGCAUGUCCCAGCGGACGAAAGUGCUUAUAUUCCUCUUUUCUUCAACGGAGACUACGAGGCUAUCGCUGCGAUCCUGAUCCUAACCUUAUGCGCAGCGGUUGUCGCGUUUGUGAUGUUCGAAAAGCUCCGCGACUGGGCGAGAAUGUCCUGCCGAAAAAAGGUUCCCUGUCCUCCCGUGACCACUCCGCCCGUUAAGAUGACAGAGAUACUUACUACGAAGAAGCACGAAGCGAACCGUGAUCCAAAUCACACGGCUACGAACGGAGCCUCAAGUGACACGCAAGCCACACCACCUCGACGGAGAGUUUCAUCCGGGAAAGUACGCUUUCAGCUGCCACCUACUGAGCCCAUGUGCUGGCCACGCCAGGAAUCAGCGUCGAGCAACUCCCAGCACGGGAAGACUUCCCUCUUUCUGGCCAUGUUGUUCGUGUCUGUGAUCACGGGCUUAGUCCUAUGUUACUGGAGAGUGUUCGCAAGACCCCGUCCUCGUCCGCUUCGUGGAAUGAUUGUGGCCAUGGAGUUCCUGGACGCUGUGCUCAGUUUCUCACAGGGGGUAGUUGCUUUUUGCAUCUACGCCACCAAUAUCGAGUUGCUGAAAGAGGCCAAACGAAAGUUCUGCAGGAUUGUGGGAUUGAAGGUCACGGAUAAAGGAGAGGCGAGCACCAAUGGAACAGCUCUGCUGAGCGAGGCUGACGCAACCACUUGCGAACAGUUCGCGAAGUACCAUCAUAGAAACUUCGAAAGGCUUCUGGAAGAGACAGAAAUAAUGCCAACGUCGCCGAAAGGAGUCCCAUUCCAUGGUCACAAGCUCGUCGACUGGCUGCUCGACUGUGGCCUCUGUAAGACGCGCGCGGACGGCGUCCUCUACGGCCGGCGUCUGCUUGCAGGGAGAAUAAUAGGCCACGAAGAGGACCAACUGCAUUUUUACGACGGUCCUUACACCUACUUCCUGGCCCCAGCCACCAGCUGAAUACACAACGAUCUUUUUUCCGGCUGUUCUGCGUUCGAAAUAAAGCCUGUUUGUGA